AGAGAGAGAGAGGACAAGAAGGCGAUGAAUCUAAGACCCAUCAUCGUUAUGUACUAUGUCUUUUGUGAGCUAUAUAUUUUGAGGCCACCUGCGUUGCUUUUUCUCUCAAACACACCUAAAAACACACUAGCAUUUAUUUACUCUCUCCAGCCAAACCAACCAAACUGAAUCAUGGGGGACGAGGAAACUAAAAAACCAGCCUAUGAGGCCCUGAAAACUUGGAAUGGCAAUAAAGAGAAAGGUGGAUUCAGAGCUAGUUCGUUUCUGUUUGUGUUGGUGUUAUUUGAGAACAUGGCAUUUGUGGCAAACAUGGUGAGCUUGGUGCUAUACUUCUCUCAGCAGAUGCACUUCGAUCUGGCUGGCUCUGCAAAUACUCUUACAAACUUCAUGGGUGCUACUUUCUUGCUCUCCAUUGUUGGUGCUUUUAUUUCAGACACUUACUUGGACAGAUUUCAUACUUGUCUUAUUUUUGGAUUACUCGAAGUACUGGCAUUGGUGAUGAUGACAAUUCAAGCACAUGACUCAAAGUUAAAACCAAGCCCCUGUAACAACAAGUCAACAUGUGUGAAAGGUGGAAUAGCAGUGAUGUUCUAUGCCUCUCUGUACCUACUGGCACUGGGUAAUGGUGGGGUGAGGGGGGCUCUGGCUCCACUGGGUGCGGACCAGUUCGAUCACAAGGACCCAAAAGAAGCCAAGGCUCUAGCAAGCUAUUUCAACUAUCUGUUGCUGAGCACCACAGUUGGGGCUGCUGUGGGGGUCACUAUAAUCGUGUGGGUCAGCACAAAUAGAGGGUGGUGGAAGGGUUUUUUUAUAUGUACAAUGGCCACAGCCGUUGGAUUCUCUGUUUUUGCACUUGGAAAGCCUUUCUACCGCCUACAACAACCUGGAGAUGGCCCCAUCAUUAGAAUUGCUCAGGUAAUAAUUGUGUCAUUUAAAAACCGCAAGAUGUCACUUCCAGAGAGCCCCACUGAACUGUACGAGAUCACUGAAAAGGACUUCGUUUCUCAGAACGAAAAAAUUCCACACACCACGCAAUUUAGCUGCCUGGACAAAGCAGCAAUCCUGGGAGCUGACACGAAACCAUCUCCAUGGACAGUCUGCACAGUAACUCAAGUAGAAGAAGUCAAAAUCCUAACCAGAAUGAUGCCAAUCAUAGCCAGCACAAUCAUCAUGAACACCUGCUUAGCCCAACUCCAAACCUUCUCGGUCCAACAAGGCUACAGAAUGAACCGUUUACUCAACAAAUUCGAAGUCCCAGCCCCAUCCGUCCCAGUCAUCCCCCUUGUCUUCAUGUCCAUCCUCCUCCCCAUCUACGAAUUCGUCUUCGUCCCCGCCGCCCGUAAGCUCACGGGCCACCCCUCCGGCAUCACCCAGCUGCAGCGUGUCGGGGUCGGCCUCGUCCUCUCCGCCGUCUCCAUGGCUGUUGCCGCCUUAGUGGAAGUCAGAAGGAAACAACACUCUCUCAAAAACCCAUUAAAACCCAUAAGUCUGUUUUGGCUCUCUUUCCAAUAUGGCAUUUUUGGGAUUGCUGACAUGUUCACAUUAGUUGGGUUGUUGGAGUUUUUCUACAAGGAAGCACCUGUUUACAUGAGAUCACUCUCCACUUCUUUUACUUGGAUUUCACUCUCUUUGGGCUACUUUUUGAGCACUGUGUUUAUUGAUAUUAUUAACUCUGUGACUAAGAGAGUUACUAAGAGCAAGCAAGGGUGGUUACAUGGGCAAGACUUGGAUCACAACAACUUGGACUUGUUUUACUGGUUUUUGGCUAUUCUGAGUUGUCUUAACUUUGUUAACUAUCUGUAUUGGUCUUCAUGGUACAAGUACAAGACUGAGGAGCCUAAGAUCGAUUCGUCGGUGGCGAUGUCAGUGAGCAAAUUGCCUUUUCUGAAGGAGGAAAGUAAUGCUGGAAAUGAAGGAAAAGAAGCAUCAUCCUGUGUUGAGAAUACUCAAGGAGAAGAAGCAUCAUCCUGUGUUGAGAAUACUCAAGGAGAAGCAAAGUAGAAAGGAGUAGAAUGGGCAUGUAUGUGUAAUUUAUGUACUACCCUAGUAUUGUUAUUAUGGCUUUGUGUGGGGUUUGUUUGUAAUUUUUGGUUUUGUCUCUCUGGUUGAGCUUUGGGAGAGAAUGUGUUUAGCGCUACUUGAUUUUGUAAUAAGAUUGUAAACGCAUAUAUAUAUAUGUAUGGGAGAAAUUUUAUGUCCUUUAA